AAGGGUUAUAUCUAGCGUUCCUAUUGUUUAUAAUAGCUAGCCAUGCAACAUGUGGCUUCUUUGGUGUCCACUCUUUCAGAAAUAUUCAUAAUUGCGAUAGCACAUCACCCCUCAACAUGUCUAGAACUUUGGGUUGGAAGUCAUUAUCACGAGUAGGAAAAUUUGUAGUGCUUGUUGCUGGAACGGCACUUGCCCUUGCAUUGACGCAGGGAAUAGCGUCAAUAUCUCCUCCAAUUGCUUUCCAUCUCGAUACGCCUUCUAUAACCCAUGCCAGCCCACAAAGCUCUUCCAGCACGACUCCAAUUAAUACUGCCUCUCCAAUUGUCACAGAGCCGGUGGACGCCUCCCCGAAGCCAAAAUACGCCUUUGCAACAAUAAUCACUGGAGAAGGGGACGCUGAGACGGAGGUCAAGGAUGCCUAUUUCACGGCAACACGACUACUCACCUACCAACUUCUCUACAGCCCCCAAACAAAGUCGCGCGCAAGUCAUAUCCCUUUCCUUGUUCUGGUGACGAAGGAUAUACCGCAAGAGCAACGGGACAUCCUUUCAAAGGAGGGUGCUACAGUUAUUCCAGCUGAAACCCUUGAACGAGAAUGGAUCCACCCAAAAUGGAGUCGCUGGGUCGAUGUUCUUGCAAAGCUGAACUUAUGGAGGCUUACUGAGUUUGAGAAGAUCGCGUUUAUGGACGCUGAUAGUAUUAUUCUCCAUCCUUUAGAUGAUAUCUUCACCGACCCCACCACGGAUAUCCAACAAACCGCACCCGAUCGAGAAGGCGUGGAUGGUAACAUGAACAUUACUGUUCCUCUGCCCGAAACAUACCUCCUCUCCGGUAUCCAUGAUCGGUGGGUGGAGAUGGCACUGCCUCCGGUCCCCGGGAAAGAAUUCUACGUGGUAAACAAUUAUAUGAACGCAGGCUUUUUCGUCUGCUCGCCCUCCGAGCUACUCUUUGACUACUAUGUUUCCCUUCUCGAUACACCGGACCGGUUCGAUGCAUCGUACCCCGAACAGAAUCUUCUGAACUUUGCUCAUAAAACAGACAGCCGGAUGCCUUGGCGGGAGUUGGGACCUGGUUGGAAUCAUAAGCCGAUAGCGGUUAGUAAAGAUGAUUUGGAUAACUUCAAGUCCCUCCACCAGAAAUGGUGGCGCCCGAUCGCGGACAAGGAUGCUGCUGAGUAUAUUCGGAAUACCGUACAAGAGAUGGAAGACUUUUUCCAACACUGGACAAUAUAAUGAAUUAUUAUGCCCCCUCUAGGAACGUCCACUGUGCUAUAAUGUAUAUAAACUGUUUGAUUUGAUUCUGUACUGCUAUAGAGAUAUACCUAUGUACAUUGUUUAAUAUACGGGGCGGGCCGUACGGACCUACUCGUCCGUGAACAACAUUCUAUUAACAGUAUCAAGCACACCAAGGCAGCUUCAGGAAGGAAUAGGUGAAUCAACUAAGGAGGUAAGAUAAACAAAAGGGGAGUGGAGAGAAGACGUGUGGGAUGGAACGGGAGAUACGGAGUACUG